AUGCAGCCACCAACAAUACCGCAGCUCAGCACGCCGGCCACAGCGGCAUCCUCUCCGCGGCCGACGUGGAAGCAAAGUAUCGCUGCUCGAUGGGCCACCACCCUCCGCGUCGUCCGUCGCCACGUCUACUUUCUCGGUCCCGGCAUCGUCGCUUCCGUCGCUUACGCCGAUCCAGGCAACUGGGCCACCGACUUGCAAGCUGGCUCAGAGUUCGGCUAUUCGCUCCUCUUCAUCGUCCUGCUCACCGGCGCCUUUGCCGUCCUCAUCCAGAUCCUCUCGUGCCGCGUGGGCGUCGUCACCAACGCAGACAUUGCUCGACAUUGCCGCAUGCUCAUCCUCAAAGAGGAUCGUCACGGCAACCCUACCCAAAAUCGCAUCUCGCAUCCCAAGCUAAGACGUUGGGCAUUGCUGUAUCCGCUCUACGUCAUUGCUGAAGGUGCCAUCAUAGCUACCGAACUGGCAGAGUUGACCGGCUCCGCCAUCGCCCUCAACCUCCUCUUCCCCUCACUCCCGCUGUGGGCCGGUAUCUUGAUCACUUCAGUCGAUGUCAUCAUCAUCCUUUUCAUCUACAAGCCUCCUCCCAACGGCAGCUUUAGGCUGCUGGAAGCGUUGAUCGCUGCACUCAUGUUUACCGUCCUGGCCUGCUUCAUUGUUCUGUUGGUCAGGAUCAAGCCCGAUUGGCCGGACGUGUUUCACGGGUAUUUGCCUUCGCACCAUGUGGUUCAGAGCGGUGCUCUGUAUGUCAGCGUCGGCAUCCUCGGUGCUACUGUCAUGCCUCACGCUAUCAUUCUCGGCUCGCAUUUCGCUUCCAUCGAUAGACUGCCCAACCUCGACGAUCAGCGUAUCACCAACCAGACCAGCCAAGAACUUCUCGACACUCAACAAGAUGACCCAGACCAGUCACGAUGGCAGCUCAUCACCGGUUCCUUCUCUCGUCUUAUGCGUCCGAAACCAGAGACAAAGACCGAAAUGCUUCGCUUAACCGGCAUCGUGCGGUCCUUGAUUCACCAACGCACGGGAACGCACGACGUCGAUCCCGACACAGAAGAGAACAUCCCACAUCGUCGCAGCAAACGACAACGCUUGGAGCCGGACGACCUCCCCCCGCGUACGUUGGAAAACAUCCGCAUCCACAUCAAGCACGCCUCGGUCGACAUCGGUAUGUCGCUCAUCAGCUUCGCCAUUGUCAUCAACAGCGCCAUCCUCAUCGUCGGUGCCGCCGCUUUUUACUAUACCCCGGACGGCAGUGGGUCGGGUCAAGUCGUUGUCGCCAGCCUCUACGACGCUUUCUACUUGCUCAAAGAUCGACUGGGCAGCUUGGCGGCUGUACUGUUCGCGGUCGCGUUGCUGGCGGCAGGCCAGAGCGCGAGCAUUACAGUCACCUUGGCAGGGCAGCUGGUCAGUGAAGGCUUCAUCAACUGGCGCACCAAUCCAUUCUGGCGGAGGGUCGUCACCAGGUUGGUCGCCAUCAUUCCAAGCUUGACUGUCUCCCUGGCGGUCGGCAAAAGUGGACUGGAUGAAAUGCUGGUGGCUAGUCAGGUGGCGUUGAGCAUUGCGUUGCCGUUCGUGCUGUUGCCCUUGAUCCUCGUCACGGGAAGCAAGGCGAGGAUGACAGCUCUUGUAGCUGAUGAGGCGGCUGCCUCGGUGGUUUCAUCGGCGAGAUCGAGUGCCGAGGUGGACAGGAGGGGUGACGACGAAGUCGCCGAUGUUGUUGUUGGAGCGGAGACGGGCAAAGCUAGGCCGGUUGGUUUGGACAGGAAUGCCAGUACUAGUGCUUCGCUGGCGGUGGUGGAGAGGCUUUCGCGAGAGCAGGAGCCAGAGACGCCAGGUCAGGACCAGAAGGCGCCGUUGGCGGCAACCCAUCCAAAACAUCCGAUCCAAGAGCAGCACCCAUCGCCAUCAACACCGACAGCAGCAGUACCACUAGCAACGCCCACGACAGCACAAACUCCCAUGACGCAAGGCAGCAAAUCGCCAAAUUUUGCUUCGGCAUGGUACGUCCAAGUUGUGGCUUAUGCCAUUUUUGCUGUGAUCGUGGUAGCAGACGUCUACGUCUUGAUCACCACCUUUAUGGGCGUCGACUAA